AGAUUUGUGGGCAGUCCCCACCGAACGUAAAAGAGAAGACAAAGUCGUGCAGCGCGUUCAAGUGCUGAGCAGAAAUCGAGGGGUAGCACCUGCACUUGCUCGAAUAAAAUACAUUAAAAGGAAAGAAAAGACCCUCCCCUCUCUCCUUCUAUUGUUAAGAUAAUUCAACGGAACUUAAAGAAGCGGUGGAAAUAACUGGUGGCGUUGGCGCUGCCGUUGUUGGGGAUACAAAACACUCGCUGCGGGCCAGUUACAGUCAGGUGCAUAAACUAUCUUCACAGAAAUACAGCUGUAUCGUUUUGUAGGCUGCAGAGCAUUUUCUUUUUUGCUUCCAAAUUAAAAAAAGGCUGCACCCAACUGUAGGAAAACCAUUCAUCAAACCCACGCCGCAGCAUCCCCGGUUAUCACCAAAGGAACACAGCAAACAACAACACUCAAAGGAAAAAAACGUUGAGUAGAGAGAGCUGCGUUUUUUCCUUCUUCCUCUAUCACCACGCUGUUCUUUCUCCUGUUCAGCACUACACGAAAACACGUCUAGCAUGAGGUCUUUUGCGCAUAGACCUGCAGCGCUGGCGUCGACUGCGGAAUCGAAUCAGGCAGCGCUCUACCUCUGCUGCGUUCCUUCUCAUGCACCGCGUCGACGGUACCUUCGCGUGAUGUGGCCGUCUGCGACGCAAUCCUUCUCCAAUGCUCUUUUGAGACAAACGGCUCAGUCUUCUUUGCUCUCUGCGGUAGUGGUAGGCAUCCAUCGUACCUCAGCUCACACAACAUCGCUCAGCCGCUUCAGCACGUCCAGCGGGACGUACGAGGUCAUCAACCCAGCUGAGAUCGCCUUUAUGGACACCGCAGCGACCGCGUCGACCGACGCAAAACAACGUGGCAACACCGAUCAGGGCGAAACAGUCUCGUUCGAAUCGUCUCUGGCGUGGAGCAUGACGCAGUCCCGCUCGUUGCCGUCCGCCUUCGUCGAUGUCGAGCACGUCGAUCCGUUCGCGCGACCUCGGAUGCUCGGUUUUGUUCGCCGUCACCACAUUGAGGACUUGUCCGGCGAUGUCGGCUCCAAUGGUUCCAACGGCUCCGCUGACGCUGCGUUUGUGACGGAGGAGCUGCUUGGCGGUGCGUUUCACGCGCGCCUGUGCCUCCCCGUCACCCCCGCCGGCGCCCGCUUUCUCGGCUGCGACAGCGACGACACGCCGGGCGCGAAGUGUCUGUGGGCACACGGGGUGGCCAACACGGCGAAGGACGCGGAGCUGCUCGCAGCGAUGCACGCCGAACGCAUGGCCGACCUGCUCGGCUACCACCUCUACAGUCUGCCCUCGAAGCAGCGCAAACACGCGGAGAUGGCCCGUCAGGCCGGACGCUACGCCUCUACGCCGGACGAUCGCAGCAGCGGACCGUCCGCGCAGGAGCGCAGGGAGCAGUGGCCGCUGCCUCUUCGCCGCGUUCUCACGGACGAGGAAACCGAAGGCGGGAAGUGGCAGUUGGUGGACACCUCCGCGGCGGCGACGCGCUUUCUCUGCCCCGACCACACGUUGCUCUCACCGUGCAUGCUGGAUCCAAAUUCUCGCGUGCGCAUUGAGGCACGAUUUGGCGGUGCGCCGUCUGGAUGUCCCAGCUUUGCACAACAGCUGAGUGUGGAGAGGGUGCGUACCUUGACGGCCAGUAGUGUCGCGGAGGGUGGAUCAGAGUUCAUGGUCGCGCAGCUGGCGCUGCCGCCAGAACUGACGACACUGGCCACACCAAUAAUGGCUUCUGGCAAGGCAGUGGACCGCGCGACGGCGGUGCUGCUGGCAUGCAUGCAUGCGGAGCUACUGCUUGACACGCUGCACAUUCCUCUAUUUGAUGAUCCGGCGAAGCAGUGUUUGCACAGUGCAGCUGCUUGGUCGUUCGGCCGGCCGGCGCCGAUUGCCGGGGCAAAGCCGAAGAAUCCGUCCCACAUGCAUCUGCCAGAUCCGCUGAAGCAACUCGUCGUCUCCGGUCCAACGGGGCAGCGCACGUCGAUGCGAUCGGCAGAGGAGGAGUACUUCCACCUGCACGACAUCAUCACGGAGCAGACGGGCACUUUCGUUGAGACCAGCGUUGGUGAAUCGACCGCCGUCGCUGUGCUUUCGCGUUUUUUAGAAGCACACCAUGCCCCGCGUGCUACCGCCGCCUUCUUGCAGACCUCCGUGGCAGGGCGCGUCAAGUCAACCGUGCUGCUUCCGCUGCCGGAGUCGUACGGCAUCCGCGGCGGAGUGGGGAUUGCCUCCAACGCGCGCGAUGCCGACACCCUGGCCGCAAUGCACGCCCUUGACGUGCUCUGCAUGCUGAACAUCCCCGUCACGGUGGGAGAGAGUGACUUGGCGGUGCGUACGGAUGCUGCAUGGAAGGCGGCCCGGCGGGAGCGCAUCCCCGAUGUCCCCGCCACCGUCAGCGACGUCGCCACGCCGAGCCCGCCGGCGCGUCGGUGCAGUGCGAAGACAUUUACCUCAGUCAUCAGUGUCGAUGUGGGCCCACUUGCUGCGGCCUCAAAGGCGGCGCUGCCUACCUCUCCGACGUCUUCUUCCCACUCCAGCGCUGGGGUGGCGCCCACGGCUCGUCGUCGCGUGGCGAAGCGUGCCCAGCCCUCACCUGGGUCUGCAGCUCCUUCCUUCGCAACGGAUUGUGCACAAGGAAAUGCGGAGUCCACCCCGUCUGCACAAGCCGCGCCGUCUUCCCUUCCACGAACUCCGCAGGAAGAGGCAGCGGAGUGCGAGGCACGUCUUUCAGGGCUGCGGUCCGCCAUCGACCCCGAACUGUGGAACUUGACGGCGGACAGCCCGGAUGGCUACCUUAUGAUUUCUCCAGGAGCGCAGCAAGCAUCCGCCGUGGCCGAGUACGCGAUUGUGUCCCCGCGCAAGCUCGACAAACAGGCCAAGUCGCGCAUCAUCGAGUACCUGUCCACGGUGGGCCGGCGCCUCGAUGACGUGCUCACCAAGCAGGCCCUCGAUGAGAACGACACGGAGGGCCGCCCACGUCACCGAUGUGCGUUGAAGCUGCCUUUGCCGUCUGCGUGCGGCGAGCCGCGGCUGGCGCUGGGCGAGGCGGACACCAUCGCCGACGCCGAGCACGCCGCCUGCAUGCAUGCGGAGCUGCUUCUGGACGCGCUGGGUGUGUGCAUGUUCAGCGACGCGGUGAAGCAGCUGCGGCACGCCGAGGCCUGUGCGCAGUGGGGGCGCUGGGCUCCAUCAGGGCCGGGUCAGGAGAAGCCACCGACUACGCCGUCACCGCCGCCACUACGCCGCGAGCACGUCGGCUCUCUUCACUGGGAGCGGAAAAAGACGAAGAAAGGCGCUGGCUUUGCCGCUCAACGCCCCAUCGACGAAACCCCCAAGACAUCAAAGACGGAAGUAACGGCGGAGCGCGAGAAGAAAUCGCUGGGCGAGACGGAAAUAGAAGAUGAUACGAAGCAGUACGACUACGUGGAGGAGCUGGAUAUCGACCCUGUGGCGCGCACCCGGGUGCAGUACUUUUUGCGCCAUGAGCGACUUACCGCUGGUGCGAUGACCAACACCACCUUCAUGGGCCGCGGUGUGCUGACGCACGUGGUCGCGUGGGACCUGCCCCUGCCCGCGCGGCUGCGCCAAGAAACAGUAGAGGGGGCGGUGGCACAAGGGAGCGUUUCGUACGCGGUGAAGGGAGCCGCCAGCACUCGCAAGGACGCAGAGGCGCUCUCGUGGAUGCACGCGGAGCGUCUCCUCGACGCCGUCGAUAUUCCAAUCUUUCCGAACCUGCCGCAGUUGCAGGCCUAUCAUGCGGCGGAGGCGGAGAAGAAAGGCCGACACGCGCCGAAACUCACCUGCGACCCGUCGACGCCGCUGCCGGCCGCGGACAGCCUCCCGAUCAAACCGCUGCGUCUGCAAACAAAUACGCGACGCUUCAACGUGAGUCGCCCAGUGCCGCUGACGCCCGCAGAGGCUGCGUCGGAGCAGCUGUGGGAGAAGUACAUCACCGCCUGCGACGCCUAUAUCACUGCGACGCAGUACGCGGCGAACAAUCUGUUUUUCGCUGCGUGCCGCGUCCCUCGCACGGGGGAUGCGAUGAUUGACGCCGCCCUCGCCGAGGCCGAAGCCGCGCCGCUCGAUCGACAAAGUCGCACUCUGCUUCUUUUGUACGCGAACGCGUGCAAGUGCUGCUCACCGCGACAGUGGACGGUGCGCAUGGCGGGCGAACCGCACCAACGCGUAUACUAUGCUACCAUCCCCAUACCUGGUUUCGAGUAUGUGGUAGCAAGUGGGGUCGGGCAAACGAAGUUCGGAGCUCAUCUGCGUGGUGCCAUGCACGCGCUGGCCAUUCUGCGCCGCAUCGACCCCAAUUACGAGGAUACGUACAGCGCCGCGAAGAUGUUGCUGGUGUUGAACCUGAACAAGCUCAUAGACGAUGAGCGCGGCAGCCCGAGCGAGGACCUGGACGACUUCAACCUGGACGCCUUCAGCACUCUGCCCAGUAUCACCUCAGAGGCGCAACGAGUGGACAACAUGCGAGCGAGGCGCUUCCGCUUCCGAAUGCAUAGGUUAUUUGCCCGCGAUGUCGCCAGGUCGAAGGCGAACGAAACCGCUCUCAGCGAGGACGGCAAGCGACGCGCGGUGGAGCUGUACGCGUUGUGCUGCGGUGUGUCGAAGCCGGUGGAAAGGUCACUGGUGCGGCUGAUGCCGAGGCACGAGGAGGCAAGCGAGGUGGCGCCGGUCAUGUCGUCGUCUGAGCUGAAGCUGGAGGUGAAGGUGGAGAGCGCCAGCGACGAGGACGCGAAGGUGCGACGCGUGCGGACCGGGGCAACCUAUGCGACGUCCGUCUCCCUCACCGACGAGGACGGCCACGAAUGGUCGGCGCGGGGGGAUGGCUUUGGUCCCAACGACAACCAAAGCGCCGCUUACGACAAACUCUACGAUGCCUUAGUGAAGGACGUUCCGGUGAUGCGCAAGUUGACAGAGAUACUGCAGUCAAACUCGUUGUUGCGGGUAGAGGACGUUCCAUCGCUGAAGGUUCCCGUCUCGGUAAGCGAGCGCAUACAGGCGUGUCUGCGAAAUCAAAAAGAUCUACUCCAAACCGAGAGCGAGACGGGCGCCUUGGACACGCAGAAAUUAGAUGAGGCUUUCGACAAGCGGUGGAAGCUGCGGCAGAGCUACAUGCUGGAGCUGCAGGAGCGGCACGGGUCGGAGGUGCAGCGAGAGCCGGAGGAGAGCGAGAAGGCGGCCCUCAUAGCAGCGGAGUCCGCCUCGCUGCUGGAGCGGCUGCAGCAGCGCAUCACCAACCCUGUGUACUUGGAGAAGUACGCGCUGAAGCGCGCCAGGCUGAGCAUCGCCGAGCAUCAAGCCGAAAUUCUGCAGUGUGUUCGCAGCAACUCUGUUGUCAUCAUCUGCGGUACCACCGGCUGCGGCAAGACAACGCAGAUCCCACAGUACAUUCUGGAUGCCGUGACGCAGGAAGGCCGCGGUGGGAGCUGUCACGUUCUCGUGACGCAGCCACGACGUUUGAGCGCACUGUCGAUCGCCAGACGCGUCGCCGAGGAACGUCUGGAAACGAUUGGUCAGUCAACAGGGUACAUCAUCCGCUUCGACAGUCACCCCGGUCAGCACAUCACUUUCGUCACACCAGGCGUGUUGCUUCGCCUGCUGCGUGCCAUGCCGACGUUGCCGGAGUACACGCACAUCAUCAUCGACGAGAUCCACGAGCGCGACCUGUUCACGGACUUUCUGUUGGUGCUCUUGCGUGACCUGGUCGCGCAGCGGCCUGACCUGCGCCUCAUCCUCAUGAGUGCCACGUUGCAGGCCAGCGAGUUCCAGCGCUACUUCAACGAUGCACCACUGAUCCAGGUGUACGGCUACGCGUUCCCCGUAAAGGAGCUCUUCGUGGAGGAUCUUGUCCCCUUCGCACGGGAGCACCAGCGCAUGACGCCUCUUCUCAUGGAAGUGGAGGCGACAGCCUCCUCGAGUGAAAGUAGCAGCGAGCGACUGGAGCUGCCUCAACUCCCGCCGAGCUCGCUUACCGCGGCGCAGACUGCGGCGGAGGCGGGUCGCGGCCUGUUCGUGGAUUGCAGCUCUCCCCUGUGCUACGACGUCUUGGAGGUGACCUCGCCGCUUGACUUCCAGACUGUGCGAUUUGCCGUCGAGCAGGCAACCCGUAUGAUCGAUCUGUCCGACUCAUCCAUCCUCGUCUUCCUACCCGGGUGGACAGAGAUCAAGCUGAUGCAGCAGCUACUGGAGCGUAACCCCGCCUUUUACAUCUUACCGCUGCACUCCGCCCUGGGGCAGGAAGCGCAACUGCGCUGCUUUCUUCCGGCCCCGCCGGGGAAGACGAAGGUGAUUCUAUCCACCAAUAUUGCGGAGAGCGGCGUCACGAUCGACGACGUGGCCGUCGUGAUCGACUGCGGGCGCGUCAAAGAAAAGAGCUUUGCGACGAGGACUAGGGUGGUCAUCCCACGCGCGAAAGACACGGGUUACGAUUACUGCCACGUUACAGACAACAGCAGGGUCACCAAAGUUGUCGACGAUAACGUGCGGGCGCAGGACCGCUUUUCGCAGCUGUUGGAAGUUUGGGCGAGCCGCGCCAAUUGCGUGCAGCGCCGCGGACGCGUCGGACGCACUCGGCCGGGUGUGUGUAUUCGCCUCUACUCCCGUGAGCACUUUGAGCGUCUGCACCACUACCAAACUCCUGAGAUGCUCCGCACUGCCCUGGACCAGCUGUGCUUGACCGUCCUCGCGCUGAGAGUCGGCACCCCCGCAGAGUUUCUCAGUCGUGCCCUUGAGCCGCCACUAGAGUCAGAGGUGAGCGCGGCGUUGCGGCGGCUGACGGCGUUGGGUGCGGUGACAACGGAAGGGCAGCUCACUGCCCUCGGCCAUCGUCUCUCCCAACUUCCGAUGGAGCCUGAAACAGGCAAGAUGCUUCUCCUCGGCGUCGCGCUGAACUGUCUCGACUCUGCCUUGACGUUGGCUGCCACGAGCGAGGGGGAUGUUUUUGUUUCCUCAAGGGACGAGCGGACCGCUGUGCGCCUACAUCGCGAAGACCUCUCCAUGGGCACAUUCUCCGACAGCCUCGCCUCGGUGAAUGCAUACAACUUCUGGGCCACGUCAACGCUGAGCAAGACACCGGUGCAACUGGCCGAAGACCUCAAGAACCGCUGCCUCAGCGUCCCAAAUCUGUUACGGUGCUCCCGACUGAAGCAUCACUUUUUCGCUCUGCUCGUAGACUCGGGUAUCGUGCCGCUGGAGAACUACAAGGCGAUUAGGAUGGCGAAUGCCUCGAAGCAGCACGUAAACCAAGUGUUCAUUGAUACCUCCGACUAUUCGCGCAACGCCCUUGAUGUGGGACUCAUGAAGGCGAUUAUUGCGGCGGGCCAUUUUCCUAAGAUCGCCCUCCUUGCCGGGAGAGCCGUCAUGCGCAUGAACUUCGAGAAUUUCAUUCAGGUCUCCAGCGACAGCGUGGUGCAAAAAUCAGACUGUCAGCCCACCUUUAAUCCGUUCUUUGUGUAUGGAGAACUGAAGCGCUACAACGAAGUGAAGACGCUGCGCUGCGGAAAUCUCACGAUGGUGUCGUUGUGGGCGCUUCUGUUUAUGGGCGACCGGCAGAUGCCGAUCGACUACAUACAAGACCUGAGUCUGUGUGUGAUGGACGGGUGGAUUUUCUUUCGUGUCUCGCUUCGUGAGCUGGAGCAAAUACGUAAGUUCAAGGCGCUGUUUGAUCGCCGGUUGAGCCGUAAGUUCACGGACCCUGAAGACUCCGUAAACAACGCGCAGCUAGAGGUUAUCUGCGGCAUAUUGAGCGACUUGAUGAACACCUCGUUUUAUCCCAGUCCCAUGCUGUUUCCAACGAUGCUCUGGGGUGAAGCGGGGACGAUUAUUGCGCCCAACGUGAACAAGGAGGUGAACUUUGCGGACGACGGCGAGAGCAGUCCGCAAGACGAAUUCUCCGAUGAAGAAGGCGAGUUGGAGUGA